AUGACUAGCGCAGAAGAGGAUUACUAUGAAUUGCUUGGAAUAGAAUCAACAGCUACGCUUAAGGAGAUAAAGAGAGCAUAUCGUCGUAAAGCGUUGCUAUGCCAUCCUGACAAAGCUGGCCCUGAUGAUGCCAAAGCAGCCGAGUUGUUUCAUCGCCUCACAAAGGCAGACGAUGUUCUUUCUAAUCCAGAAAGUCGUGCAAGAUAUGACGAUCUUCACAAGUCACGAAGACUUCAGCAGGCAAGGUUCAAGGAAAUGGACACGGUACGUCAAAAAGCUAAACAGGAUUUGAAUGAGAGAGAAAUGCAGGCUGCAAAGCGGCAAAAGACGCAUAAUGGACAGACUUUAUCUGCCGAAGCGCAAAAAAGUAUGGCCAUUGAGCAAUUGCGUGAAGAAGGAUUUCGACGUAUGCAAGCCUUAGAAUCUGAGAAGCGUCAGACUGCUGUCGCCAGUGUAUCACUUGCCAAUUCUAUAGACGAGGCUAAAAAAGCUGUAGAAAAGGCCGAUUUAAUAGAUUGCACUCUCAAGAUCAAAUGGAAAAAACCUGCAACCUUUACAGAAGACGCCAUCAGAGAGUGUAUUUUAAAAGUAAAUAGCCAGUUAAGGAUUGAAAAAAUCCUUAUGGGGAAGGCAUCUAAAUCUGAAGCAAAUGUCGUUUUUAAAGAUUUAUAUAGCGCAUAUGCUGUAAUCAAGGCCAAACAAGCACAACAUGAUUGCUUGGAUAUGCUAACCAUAAAAUGGUCUGGAUCACCGCCCAUGGCUCUUGCGUACAUAGAUACUGCAGCAAUUGGUCACGAGUUAUUUAGUUCAACACAGAACACAUCUGCUCCAUUUCCUUCAUUUGUUCCAAUGCCAUCAGUUCGUCAAUUUACUGCUACUAGCUUUCCUAUGAAAAAUCCCUGUCAAAACGCAUCUUUGGAUAAUUACGAAGAGCGCACUCUCCGCAAAAUGAGACAACAGGAGCGUGAAAUCAUUGAGACUGAAAAUUCUUGA